AUGACCACUUUAGCAUAUAAAAGCCUAACAGUGCUAAGACUUGGCCCUACAGUGUAUGCAGAGGAUGCAUGGCAGGAAAUGAGCAAAAACUACAACGUCAAAAUCGUUGAGUGCAAGCCCAAAAACAGGCAGGAGUUCAUCUCGGACCUCCGGGCAGGAAAGUAUGCCGAUGCCGAUUACAUUACGCGUACGUUUUAUAGCGCCAACUGGACGGGUUUGUUUGAUAAAGAGCUUGCUAAAGAGAUUAAAGAGCACACCAAGGUGAAGGCUGUGUCCCACAAUGGUGCAGGAUACGACCAGGUGGAUGCUGUGGCAUUUGGAGAGUUGGGAAUCCAGGUCUCCAACGUUCCAGGCCUUGUUGAUAAUGCCACUGCCGAUACACACAUCUAUCUUCUUCUUGGAGCCAUGAGAGUGUUCCAAUUGGGCACCGAGAGGAUGAAGCUUGGACUCUGGCCCAAGGAACUAAACAGCAAGGUGCCAAUGGGCCACGAUCCGGAGGGGAAAGUGGUUGGAAUCUUUGGAAUGGGUGGUAUUGGUCGUGCAAUCAGAGACAGACUGAUCCCCUUCCACCCAAAGGAGAUUAUCUAUCACAAUAGGCACCAGUUAGAUUCUGACCUUGAAGGUGUGGCCAAGUAUGUUUCGUUUGACGAGCUCCUUGCUCAAUCUGACAUCAUCUGUGUCAGCAUUCCGUUGAACUCGCACACAAAGCACAUUAUCAACAAAGACACCAUCGGCAAGAUGAAAGACGGUGUUGUGAUCAUCAACACAGCCAGAGGUGCCGUCAUAGACGAGGCCGACAUGAUUCCGGCCUUGAAAUCGGGAAAAGUCGGUGCUUUGGGCUCCGAUGUUUGGGAAAAUGAGCCAAACGCCAAUCCUGAAAUUUACAAUCUUCCAAAUGUUACGGCUUUGCCUCAUUUGGGAACUCACACCAUUGAGACCGCCAAGGAGAUGGAGGAGUAUGUUGUGAAGAACGUCGAAACUUUUGCAGAAACCGGCAAGGUCUUGGCUAUGGUUCCCGAGCUAAAGGGGAAGUUCUGA